AUGUUCAAAAUCAUUUUCUCCGCAGUUUUGGUGGUUUUGGCGGUGAGCCAAAACACCGGAAGUGAUGUUCCACCAUUUUUGCGUCGCGCCUCUCAAGCCCAACUUCAGGCUUUCCAGGCGCUUAUCCAAAAUCACGGACAUUUGACUGAGGCCGGUUUGGAGGCCAAAGUUCAACAAUGGGCAAAGGCUCAAGGUGGAAAUGUUGCUGUAAGUUGGGGCUAACUAAAUCAUAUUUCAUUUGAAAGUCCGUGAAAUUCUCUACAAAAUGAUUCUUGAGAGAAAAUGCGCUCCAAUGCAAAUAGUGCAAUAGAGCGCACUUGGUUUCUUCGGGUUUUCUCAUCGAUGUUUUGAGUUAGGCUAACUAAAUGGGGUUUCAUUAGAAAGCCCGUGAAAUUCCCCAUUUUUCAGUACGACUUCGCCGAGUUCGAAAAAUUCGUCACCGGCGCCAAACACCAAGCCAACGCUGCUCACGACGCAGCUUUGGCCAAAUUCACGCCAGCCGCACGUAAAGCUGACGCAGAUUUGUCAGCAAUUGCGGCGCAAACCAAUUUGCCAGUUCGUGAGAAGGGAAUGAAGAUUCAAGCUUAUCUCAACAGUUUGGCACCAAGUGUUUUGAAGGAAUUGCAAGCGGCACAUGAGGCUGGACAAGGAAGAUAA